UUUCGAUAGAAUAACACCCCGAAGUAUGAAGACUAUAGGCCUACACCUUCAUUUUAAAACAUCCAAGUCAAGCAAAUCAGAGGAGAGGGAUACUUGUCUAGGACGCACCUCUUUUUAUAAAUGACAGUCAUUCUGGUGCCUCGUAGGACUUGAAUGCGUUCAACAGCCACAUGAUGUAUCAAGCAAGCCUCGUCUUCGUGCUGUGUUUUUUGGUGUCGACGGCUGUUGCCGGCGAGUGCCCCGUCGGUUGCAGUUGUAGGGGUCCUGAUUCCGAGUUCCACACUGCCAUUUGCUACAACGAUGUUCUAGAGCCGGCCAAAGACUUUUCACCGGCUAUAAAGACACUGGAGCUUCGUUAUUUGCCCUUCUCCUCCAUGCGGCGGUUUCUGAAACACGCACCAGACGUCACUGAUCUCAUAAUUCAUGACAUUGACGGAGCCGUAGAUCAGCCGGUGCCUAAGAACCUUUUUCAUGGAUUGAAAAGCCUCAAAUCAUUAACAUUUCACACGCUCAAGGAAGGAGCUGUUCCCAAAGGGCUAGCGGGUUCCUUAGAUGGUCUCGACCGACUGCGAUUUUUGGACCUCGGUCGUAACCGACUCGAAUGUAACUGCGAGCUUUCCCAUUGGAUAGGCGGACACGACGUCAUACUCCUAGGCGUGCGCACUCUGUCCCCUUCGACCAACUGCAGAGAGGUGGGAUUUGACAAAGACGUUUAUAAUGCCAAGGAGCUGGUGGAAAUGUGUGACAAAAAGCAAGAGGGUAACUUGAAAGAACUUGCUGACGAAGAUGUCGAAGAUGCCGAAGAGGAAGGCGACGAAGAGAACGACGACCUUGAGGAGUCCUACAACGACGAGGAUUAUGCAGCAGACGAGGAUGUCGAGAAGCAAGAAUCGACCCCAGAGAGCAAACUGAGUCAUUUGAAAAACAUUUUACGGGGGAAGAAAGUCGAUCAGUUGGUGGUUCCUGCUGCGGGGUCACCGAAGACAGACAGCGACGAAUCAGCCGGGAAGAUCCAACCAUUUCGAUGGGGAGCAACAGCUGCGGCCGGUAAAAGCCCCCAAGCCCCGAAGACGUCGUUGGCGAACAAGCCGAACUCGAAACCGUCCAAGAAACCGAUCAGACAGAAUGCAGUGAAGCACAGCUCGCCGACUUCUCCGCUCGUUGCUGCUCCCAGGCCGACGAAAAUAAUUGCAGCCGUACAGUCGGCUGAAAACCCUCCGAAAUCUAGCACUAGCAUCGUGGCCGACUCAAAGGCAACUCAGUCGACCAAGGAGAACGCCAAACCUAUGCACAUAGCCCCGAAGCAUCCUUCAACAACUGCUCCAACGACGGCGAGUGUGGGGUCUACCAAGGGGUCGGGAAUGCCGAUGUCGCUCGAAUCUCUGCCGGAAAUUCUGUCAGGUGUAGCUCAUUCGAAAGUAUCAAUUACCGGGGGUUCGGUGAAAGAGCGCGGCACCUCGACGCCUCCGUCAGCCACUGCUGCGACGACUUUGGGUGUGCUGUCCACCAGCAAGUCAGUUAAGACAUCCAUAUCGAUCGAAACUCCUGGAGAGUCCAGCACCAUUGCUAAUGUCCUAGAGGAAUCCCAGCCAGAUGAAGACACCGAGUACGCCGAGGAAGACACCGUGGACGAUAUAGCCGAAUACUUUGAUACCACGGAACCGACGGAAAAAACGCAGGAAACGAGCUCAACUACUGAGAGCAAAAUUCUACCACUGUUUGGAUCAGAGAAAUUAGCGUCACUGCCAAUCUUUCCAAAGACGAAUCAAAUUCCUGAAACAGUGGGGAACACGUCAGCAGGCAGAGCAUCUGGCAACGACUCCACAGGCAUCAACGCGGGCCCCCACGCGGAAGAGGCAAAGAAGAUCUUGAAAGAUUUCAUGGUCUUGCUUCUCAAACGCCUCGCAGCGAAUGGUGUAGGGUCGCCACUGGACGAACUCGCAGUCGACGUCAAGCUCCACCCAAACGAUCCAUUCGAGCUGCGGUUAUUGAUGGAAUACGUUCAGCACAUUUCUGGGAAACCAGCGGAACAACAAUUAUUGACUCGCGAGUCUGUUCUGCUUCCUAGAGGUCAACUGCCCUCAUCCGAACUUGAUGAUACAAUCGCUCAGUAAAAGCACUCCCGGUCUCUGCAUGAAGAGGGGUGACUCUCGAGGUACCUAUCUACCUCAAAUCACGGAGAUUAAAGGAACAAGAAAAUUAACUUUUCUUGGAAUCA